UGCCAUAUUUUUGUCACACGAUCGAAAUAAAUGCGAACAGCGAAUGGUUGUGACAGUACGUCUUUUGAUUAGAGCUGUCAUUUUACAAGUAAAUCUAUAUUUUCAAACGAAAAAUGAUUCCCGAAAAACGGAUAUUCAUCACACACUGUGUCGAUCCGCAUCAUUUCUACUUCAAAUACGUGGACGAUUGUGUGAACAACGAAUAUUCAAAGUUUGACUACGCAUUACAAUGCUAUGGAAACGAUUUGCAUGACCGUCAAUUGACAACUUACCAUCCAGAUAAAAAUGAAUUGAUCACCUUCUUCGACGUAAUUUCCAACAAAUGGCUACGGGGACGCGUGACUAAUGUCAAUGGCGAUAAUAUUACCUUGUGGUGCAUCGACAAUGGAAUAUUACGCAAAACUGAAGCGGAGUUCAUUCAGCCGUUGACCGAAAAUCUCAAAAAAGAUUUCAAUCUUGUGCAAUUGGGAGGUGUCUCCGUGUUGCCCGCUGUAAGCACAUUGGACUUUGAGACGUUGAUCGUGAAAAUGCAGGUUAAGCAUAGCUGGGACAAAGAUAUGAGCAACACGUUCAAAUCGGUCAUCGAUUCGGCCAAACGAAUCAAUUUUAUCGAAGAAAUUGACCUGGAUCAGCAUAAAUUUGGUACACUGUCGACUGAAACGUGGAAGGACAAAGUGGUUGUCAUCAACGAAAUAUUGUUGCAAUUGAACAAAGGCAUUCCCUGUGGUGGAUCUUCAGGUAUGACCACCUAUAUGUGCGAGAAACGUAUGAAAGAAGAAUUUCAUCAGUCACUCGAAAUGAUAACAACUUUGUCCAGAUCCAUCAACUCCAGACGCACAUCGAUUGCAUCCGAGAAAUUUGAUUUCGACAUGAUCACGAAUCCAUUCAAAUCGGAGACAGCUCAUGAUGUGUCUGAGCGUGUUGAUUCGAUUCCGAAGGGAACAUUGCAAUUGAAUGUUGAAUCUAAAGUGGAAGCGCAGAAAAAUCCGUCAAAACCCACGGAAACUUCUGGUGCAUCAGGGAAAGAUGAUGUAGUAGAACGGCAUUCAAAACCAGUCAUUCCUGAGGAUACAUCAAACAAAUCUAAAUUGGAUUCCUUGAAACCGAGAAAGCCAGCAACCGACAAAUCAGUUGGUAAACUAGCUGAUCUAAAAGCCGCCAAGUCGAAUGGAACCUCGAGCACAUCAAAAUUCGAAAUGGAAAAUCCCUUCAAAUCGAAGAAAACAUCUGGUGCUUCGGGCGUCUCUGAUGGAAUAGAACUGUUUCUAGAACCUGCCAAGCCUACGGGAACAACAAGUGCAUCCAACCAAGCUGAAAUGAGACUUGAGGCUAGCGUGUCCGUCAAAUGUGAUUGGGAACCUAUCAAGCCCGUUAGAGCCGCGAGAAAAUUCAACAACUCCAAAACAGAAGAAGAAAACCCCUUCAAGCCGAAGGUAACGUCUGAUACUUCAGGUAAAUCUGGAGAAGCACAAUCCGUCAAGCCCAAGGCAACAGCGCUCACAUCUGAAAUUAAAAUCAAUGAGAAUCCCUUUAAGCCGAAGAAGCCUUCUACUGAAUCCGUCAAAUGUGAUCAGGAACAUGACACGUCCAGUGGAGCAACGAGUGAAUCCCACAAAACCGAAACGGUAUGUGAAAAUCCUCAAUCGAAUAAAACGUCUGAUGCUCUGGGCAAGUCUUGCGGAAUUGAAUCCGUUUUGGAAUCAACAAAGCCGAAUGGAGCAGAGGGUGUAUCAGACCAGUCUGAAAUGAAAAUGGAGGAGAAUCCAUUCAAGCGUAAGAAAGGUCCAUCUGGCAAAUGUGGUGGAAUAGAACUGCACUUAAAACCUGUCCAGCACAAGGAAGCUGCAAGCAUAACCGACCAACCUGAAAAGGAAAUGGAAAAUCCAUUUAAGCCGAAGAAAACAUCCGUUUUAUCCAGCAAAUGUGAAGGAACAGAACUGCAGCAUUCUGAAUCUGUCAAACCCAUGGAAACGUCCGCUGUUUCUGGCAAAUCUGGUGAAGCAGAGACCGAUUUCGAAUUCGUUAAAACCAAGCGAACAGCGGCGAGUAAAUCGAACGAAUCUAAAACUGAACUGGAUCCGGAACAAAAUCCGUUCAAACCGACGAAAAUUUCCGGUGCCCCCGGCACAGCUUCUGACGGAACAGAACUGCUUUUGGAACCUGUCAAGCCUAAGCGAACGACAAGUCUAAACAGAUUUAAAACGGAUGAGAGCCCCUUCAAACUGCAGCAGAAAAAACAUUCCAGCGAAUUCGUCCAAUCUGAUGGAAUUGAAUCUGGACCGGCCAAGCGUGAGAGAACAUCGAACACACUCGAGAAAUCUGAAAUGAAAUUAGACGAAUAUUCGUUCAAAUCGAAUAGAUACGGUAAGCCUGAAUCGGAUGUACAGGGAGAAAAUUCCCAUGAAUCGAAGAAAAUCGAUCACUCGUCAUUACAAAAUGGAUUCGGCUCAAUCGAAAGCAUUGACAAAACUGGCGUCAGUUUUGUUUAUAAUUCGGAAAAAAACAAAGCUGACUUGCCAUCGUUGGAUGGAAGCUUCGACACACUGAACAGCGUCAGUAUGGCUGUGUCUACGAUUCGUACGUUCAUAAGUGAAGCAAAGACUCACCGAAACAAUGAGAACACAAAAUCGCUUCAUAUUGAUUAUGAUUGUCAUUUGAAGACUCUUAAAUUCGGAAACGGAGAAACAAUACGAGGUGUACAGCAGUCAUCAAUUGGCUGGGUUAAUAAACAACGAUUUCCAGUCGAUGACGACAAUGAAAGCUGUAGUAGCAGCAUCAUCAACUUGAUGGAUGAUAAAAGUGACAUCACACACGUGAAAUGAUUGCAGGAAAUCUUCAAACUUCGCUAAAUUCUUCAAAGUUUUGCGCUGGUAAUUAAUGGAAAACUUUUAUUUUGUUACUCAAAUACAUUUGCGCUAAAACAAUUGGAAAA